GCUGCUGGUCGCUGCAGUCGACAUCACGAAAUCAACACCUAACAAAGCAGGCACACCCAAUGCCCAGUUGACAUUUUUCGGUUUUCCGCUACACAUAACCCAGUAAAAAGCCGAGAAAUGCAGCUGUCCAGGGAGUAAAUCUGCGCUUCAGCACCUAACAAACGAUUUAAACAUAAGCCUUCGUUGCCAUGUCGACGGAGAAGGUGACUUUGACGGACGCACUGUCCAACGUGGACGUGUUGGACGAACUGACCCUGCCGUACGAGCAGCCGUGCAUCGAGGCCCAGCCGUGCUCGGUCGUCUACCAGGUCAACUUCGACACCAACUUCGAGGACAGAAAUGGGUUCGUCACCGGCAUCGCGAAGUACAUCGAGGAGGCCACCGUUCACGCCAGUCUGAACGAGCUCCUGGAAGAGGGAGUGCAGCAUGCCGUCAUGCUUUACACCUGGAGGUGCUGCUCUAGGGCUAUCCCCCAACCCAAGUCGAACGAGCAGCCCAAUAGGGUUGAAAUUUACGAGAAGACCGUUGAGGUUUUGGCUCCAGAAGUCAAUAAAUUGCUCAACUUCAUGCAUUUCCAGCGUCGAGCAAUCGACAGGUUUUCAGCCGAGGUGAAGCGGCUGUGCCACACUGAAAAGCGGAAGGACUUUGUAUCCGAGGCCUACUUGCUGACCUUGGGCAAAUUCAUCAACAUGUUCGCCAUUCUGGAUGAGUUGAAGAACAUGAAGUCCAGCGUCAAAAAUGACUACUCCACCUACAGAAGAGCUGCCCAGUUUCUGAAGGUGAUGGCCGACUCGCAGACCCUGCAGGAGUCGCAGAAUCUGUCCAUGUUUCUGGCGACGCAGAACAAGAUCCGCGACACGGUGAAGGAAACCCUCGAGCGGAUCCAGGGCUACGAGGACCUGCUGUGCGAUGUUGUCAACAUCUGCGUGCACAUGUUCGAGACGCGGAUGUACCUGACCCCGUCGGAGAAGCACAUGCUGGUCAAGGUGAUGGGUUUUGGCCUCUUCCUCAUGGACAGCGAGCUGUGCAACAUCAACAAGCUUGACCAGAAGAAAAAGAUCAAGCUGGAGAAAAUCGACCGCAUCUUUAAGAACCUGGAAGUGGUGCCGCUGUUUGGCGACAUGCAAAUCGCGCCGUUCAACUACAUCAAGCGAAGCAAGCACUACGACGCGUCCAAGUGGCCAUUGUCAAGCUCGACGCUGAUCAGCCCGCAGGCCGACCUGAUGCAGCACCUACCGCAGAUCAGGGAGGACCACGUCAAGUACAUCAGUGAGCUGGCCCGCAACAGCAAUGAGAACAUUACAACUUACCGCGAGUCGCAUACUGAUGCCGAGAACAGAGACACGGCCGACCUCGCUCUCAGGGGCCUGCAAUUGCUCUCUGAGUGGACCACCGUCGUCACCGAGCUCUACUCGUGGAAGCUGCUCCACCCCACCGACCACCACAUGAACAAGGAGUGUCCAGCUGAGGCUGAGGAGUACGAGAGAGCCACGCGUUACAACUACAGCGAGGAGGAGAAAUUUGCUCUGAUCGAAGUGAUCGCCAUGAUUAAAGGCCUGCAGGUGCUGAUGGCACGAAUGGAGACUGUUUUUACCGACGCCAUCAGAAGGAACAUUUACGCCGAACUGCAGGACUUUGCCCAGCUCUUCCUUCGAGAGCCACUCAGGAAGGCGAUCAAAAAUAAGAAAGACCUCAUCAGAAGUAUCAUCGUGUCGGUUCGAGAGACGUGCGCCGACUGGCAGAGGGGCAUGGAGCCCUCUUCAGACCCCGCUAUGAAGGGCAAGAAAGACCCCGAGAACUUUGGCAUCAAUGUACCGCGGCGGAAUGUCGGUGUUGAGGAGGUGUCGGCGAAGGGGAUUCGGAGUAGGAGAGCAGGUCCAUCAUCGACUCAGCUCUACAUGGUGAGGACCAUGCUGGAGUCGUUGAUCGCUGACAAGUCUGGCGGAAAGCGUACUCUGAGGAAAGACAUCGAUGGACAGUAUCUGGUCCAGAUUGAUCAGUUCCACAAGACUUCCUUCUACUGGAAUUACCUGCUGCAUUUUUCAGAAUCGCUGCACGACUGUUGUGAUCUGUCACAGCUGUGGUACCGAGAGUUUUAUCUGGAGAUGACGAUGGGCCGGCGCAUUCAGAAAUGCACGGUUCGGCACCAACAUAAUGAGGAAUGCAGUGACCUCAUCACCAUGGAGAAGCGCAUACAGUUUCCAAUUGAAAUGUCCAUGCCGUGGAUUCUGACUGACCAAAUAUUGAAAACUAAAGACCCUUCUACUAUGGAAUACGUUUUGUAUCCGUUGGAUCUGUACAACGACAGCGCCCACUACGCACUGACUGUCUUCAGGAAGCAGUUCCUGUACGACGAGGUUGAAGCUGAGGUCAAUCUGUGUUUCGACCAGUUUGUCUACAAACUCAGCGAGCAGAUCUUCUCUCACUACAAGCAGCUGGCUUCUAGUAUUUUGCUUGACAAACGAUUCCGCGUCGAGUGCAUCGCCAUGGGCACGUAUUUACUGCCUUUCCCGCGGGCCAACCGCUACGAAACGCUGCUCAAACAGAGACAUGUGCAGUUGCUGGGCAGGUCGAUCGAUCUCAACAAGCUCAUCACCCAAAGAAUCAACGCGGACAUGCAGAAGUCCCUCGACUUGGCUAUCAGCAAAUUCGAAGCAGGGGACAUCACCGGAGUUGUGGAACUGGAAAGUCUACUUCAGGUGAAUCGUUUGUGCCACAAGCUGCUAUCAAAGCAUCUGGCUCUUGACAAUUACGACGCCAUGUUCCGCGAGGCGAACCACAAUGUGCUCGCUCCGUACGGCCGCAUCACUCUGCAUAUCUUCUGGGAGCUCAACUACGAUUUCUUGCCAACCUACUGCUACAACGCCGCCACAAGCAGAUUUGUUCCGGCGAGAGGGCUGCGCUUCACCCAGCCUGUGACGAGGGACAAGCCGCCACAGAUGGGCCACAACUACCUCUGGGGCAGCAAGCAGCUCAGUCUGGCUUGCAGCACCAUUUACGGUCGAUAUGGAGGUUUUGUCGGUCCGCAUCAUUUUAGGAUGAUGUGCAAAUUGUUGGGCUACCAAGGCGUGGCCGUGGUGAUGGAAGAGCUGCUCAAGGUGGCCAAGGGCCUCAUUCAGGGCAACCUGCUGCAGUUCACCAAGACCCUGAUGGAGGCCAUGCCCAAGCUGUGCAAAUUGCCUCGCUACGACUACGGAUCGCCAGGCGUUCUGGGCUACUACCACGCCCAGCUGAACGACAUCGUGAUGUAUCCGGACGCCAGGACGGAGCUGUUCCACAUUUUCCGCGAGAUUGGCAACUGCAUCCUCUUCUGCAUACUGAUGGAGCAAGCCCUGUCUCAGGAGGAGGUGUGUGACCUGCUGCACGCGGCACCCUUCCAAAACUGCUUGCCGAGGCCACAUGUCAAAGAAGGAGAAAAGCUGGAAAACAAAAUGAAGAGACUGGAAGAGAAGUAUGCUGCUCUGCAAAUAGUCAACAACGUCGAGAAGCUGGGUAGUGUCAAGCAAGCGAUGAUUGCGCGAGAGGGUGACCUGCUGACCAGAGAGCGUCUGUGCUGCGGUCUAUCCAUCUUUGAGGUGGUGCUAAACCGACUGCGCUCCUUCCUCGACGAUCCGAUCUGGGUUGGACCGCUGCCGUCAAACGGCGUAAUGAACGUGGACGAAUGCACCGAGUUCCACCGGCUCUGGUCCGCCUUGCAGUUUGUCUACUGCAUCCCAGUGGGAGGAACAGAGUUCACUGUCGAGGAACUGUUUGGCGAGGGCCUGAACUGGGCCGGCUGCACGAUCAUCAUGCUGUUGGGCCAGCAGCGGCGGUUUGAAGCCCUGGACUUCUGCUACCACAUCCUCAGGGUGCAGCGGGUGGACGGAAAGGACGAGCUGGUCAAAGGAAUCCAACUGAAACGCAUGGUGGACCGCAUUCGGCGCUUCCAGGUGCUAAACUCGCAGAUCUUUGCCAUUUUGAACAAGUACCUGCGCGCCGGGGACGCGGAAAAUAAUUCCGUAGAGCACGUCCGGUGCUUCCCGCCGCCGAUGCACCCGUCAAUGGCCGCGACGCACGCCCACUACCACCGCACCGAAUACGCGCGCAGCAACAGUCAGAGUCAGAUGCAGUAACCGUGUGGCCAACGAACGAACAGCUCGCCUUCUUGUUUCUAGUUUUAUUUAUUUAUUGUUCUAAUCUGUGCAGAUUUAUACAAGUGUUGAUAUGCCUAUUUUUAAGUUCGCCUCUUCGUUUUAAAUGCAUUUAUUUGCCUGUAACUUAAAUGUAGUUUUAAUAUCUAAAAUAAAUAAAUUCAGCAGUGUCAAGA